AUGUCAGGUAAGCGUCUAUUAGACGCCAUCCAAUUCCUCAAUGUCUCCAAAACGGUAGCCGCAAAACACCUCUCCAUCCGGCAACAGCAGCUAGAUGUCUAUACCCGCACGUCGUCCCUGACCAAGGGCAUCAAAGCCCAAACAGAGGGCCUAAUCCUGACCGCACAAGCCGCGGCCGCUCUCGCGCGCCGAUUCGAUGAACCCUCGCCACCGAGCGAUUCGGCCAACUCCCACACACCCCCGUCCGCCGAUCUAAGCACGUCGGCAUCGACAUCGGCCAAUACAACCACUACUACUACCACCACCACCACCACCACCACCAACACCGCCGGUGUAACAUCAACGUCGCCACCGCCGGAUCAAGCCCGCAGACUACAACGCCAGGCCGAGUCACAGGUCCCCACUCAGACGGCACAGUAUGUCGGCGAUGAGAAACCCGACGCAUUGAAUGUCAGUAAGCAACAGGAUGUCUUCUAUCAACCGUCCAGUCAGUCGGCGCCUGAGUUGUCAAGCUUGCCGAGGGUCAAGGUACCCAAGGUUGCAGGUGGUGAACAGGUCGUGGCGGACGGGUUGAAUGCCGAUGUUUUCCACUCCCCUGUUGAGCCGGAGACAGCCAAAAAGGUUGAGGCGGGUGAGGAGAUGUCCGAGGAGAUGAUUCAGGGUUUGUUUCACAGUCCGCGGGUGUCUCGUAUGAUGUCUGGCAAGCCGGCGCCGAGGAGGGAGUGGAAGUUGGCAGAGACCAAGCCUGUGAAAUCUGAGACCCAGGAAAUGGAGGAGUUGGCUGCUAGUGUUGCUGAAGAUGUCGUGCCCAGUGCCGAGACUGUGGGCGUGCCUCAGACAUACCAGAUGUUGGAGUCGCGUGUGCCUUCUUCUCGUUUGGGACGGUUAUGGCAGUAUGGUGGUCUGGCUACCUCGAUGGCUUUUGGUGCUGUCGGCGAAGGUUUCCGACGGGCUACUGGUAGUCAGGACAGCGGGUCGAUCAUGUUCAGUCCUGGUAAUAUGGAACGCAUGGUGGCUAAGCUGUCCAAGAUGCGUGGUGCGGCUCUCAAGCUAGGACAGAUGCUGAGCAUUCAAGACUCCAAUAUGCUCCCCGAACCAAUCCAACAAGUCCUGCAGCGCGUGCAAGAUCGCGCAGACUACAUGCCCGCCUGGCAGCGCGACAAGGUCUUGACCGAUAACCUCGGACCAAAUUGGCGCGACCUCUUCACAACCUUCAACGAGGUCCCCAUGGCCGCUGCCUCAAUCGGCCAAGUCCACUCGGCCGUCCUGGCCAGCACCGGUGAACCCGUGGCUGUCAAAGUGCAAUACCCAGGCGUAGCCGACUCAAUCGACUCGGACUUGAACAACCUCUCCAUCCUCCUAACAGCCUCCCGCCUCCUCCCCAAAGGCCUCUACCUCGACAAGACAAUCGCCAACGCACGCACGGAACUCGCCUGGGAAUGCGACUAUAUCCGCGAAGCCGAAGGCGCCUCAAAAUUCCGCUCCCUCCUCGCCGACGACCCCGUUUUUGUGGUCCCAGAAAUAAUCCCCUCGGCCUCGGGAAAACAAGUCCUAACAAUGGAAAUGCUAAACGGCGUAGCCGUAACCAAAAUCCAAGACUUCACCCAAACCCAACGCGACUGGAUCGGCACCCAGAUAAUGCGCCUCUGCCUCCGCGAAAUCAUCGAAUUCCACUACAUGCAAACAGACCCCAACUGGACAAACUUCCUAUACAACGCAGCAACAAACAAACUCGAACUCCUCGACUUCGGCGCCUCCCGCGCCUACCCCGAAAAAUUCAUCUCGACCUACGUACGCACCCUCGUCGCAGCAACCCGCAACGACAAAAAGACCUGCCACGACCUCUCCAUCGAAUUGGGUUACCUAACUGGUAUGGAAUCACCUGCCAUGGUCGACGCGCAUCUUUCGUCGAUGACAACCCUCGCCGAGCCGUUUAUGCUUUCUUCGCCUGAUUUGUAUGAUUUCAGUAAUCAGACUAUCACGGAUCGCGUGCGCGCGCUUAUUCCACUUAUGAUUCGUGAGCGGUUGGCGCCGCCGCCUGAGGAGACUUAUAGUUUGCAUCGGAAGUUGAGUGGGGCGUUCUUGCUUUGUGCUAGGCUUGGGAGUGCUGUUCCUUGUAAGCAGUUGUUUGCAGAUGCUGUGAGUAAGGCGGAGGCGAGGGGAUUGAAGGUGUAAAUUAUAUGGGAGCAUACAUGGAUAGAGGGAAUGUAUUUUAGAUUUGUAAUUGUACUAUAUACUGC